UAGGGGCCCCGACCCGGGGGUCUGUGCCGCAGUGGGGAGGGCGGCUCCAGCCCGUGUGCCCGGCGGGGAGCAGGUGUUGGUUUGGUCAGGGCGCAGUCGUUGCCCUUUGGCCCCUGGAGCGACCAGUUGCUCAGGCCGGGUUCCUCACCAGAAUGAAGGAGCUCCGAGUUGUAUAGCAUGGAAACGGGCCACCUGGCCAGCCAUCCACACCGACCAGUGGGCACCUAGCACUUAACGACCAGCAUCCAAGCACUCGACCCGGAUCCUUCAAUGCCCAGCUGAUUCCAGUGCUGUCAGUGACUGUGCCUCCAGCAAUCUCUCUGGCAGUGUGUUCCAGGUAUGUGUGUGGAUACUUGACGGUAGCUGGGUUUACCACUGGACUGGAGCUUUAACCUGGAAUCUUCCAUCCAUUUGGUACUCCAGCAGAAAGCCCACUCCAAUCUUCAUACAUGAUCACUCUGACAGAGCUUGCCACUCUCUCAGAGAGUCAGCCCACUCAUCGACUUCUCAAACCUUGGUGGGACGUUCUAAUGGACUAUUUUGUAGUGGUUAUGUUGAUGGUGUCCCUCCUGUCAGCCACCUUGCUCAUUUCUAACGAUAAAGUUGCAUGUUUACCUUGCAACAAUGUGCACAGUCUGAACACCACGUUGAGAUGUUCCAUCCCUAAAACAGAAGCUUCCGAGAAGACCCACAGUGUGAACCAAAAUGGUUCCAGUUCCUCGGGAAUAACGGGAGAACCUUCAGGAUCCUCAUCAGGUCGAAUUAAGAGCACAAAAGUAGGAGGUCAUAAAACAAACUUGGAUUACCAGCAGUAUGUUUAUAUCAGUCAGGUCUGUUACCAGAAGGCCUUGCCGUGGUAUUCCAAGUACUUCCCUUAUGUAGCCCUUGUCCACUCCAUCAUCCUGAUGAUCAGUGGCAAUUUCUGGUUCAAAUUCCCAAAAACCUCCUCCAAGGUAGAGCAUUUUGUCGCCAUUCUGGGCAAGUGUUUUGAGUCACCUUGGACCACCAAAGCGGUUUCUGAGACUGCCAAUGAAGACUCUGAAAACAGCCAAUAUCGGACUAAAAUGUUCAAGUCAGUGACACCGGAGCCCAGUGAGAACUCUGACACUUGUUCCUCAUUGACUUCCUGCCCCGAAGUGACCUUUGAGCCUCCUGUCACUGGAUCGCCCUCGAUGAACAUCCUGGAUAAGCAGGACGGUGAACAGGCCAAGGCUCUCUUUGAGAAGGUCCGCAAGUUCCGGGCUCACACCGAGGAUGGAGACCUGAUCUACAAAUUCUAUGUCGGUCAGACAGUUGUGAAGGCUUUAAAAUUCAUGAUCAUUCUGAGCUACACAUUUACCUUUGUCAACUCAAUCACAUUUGAACAUAUCUGCAAGCCCAAGAUCAAAAAUGUCACUGGCUACUCUGUUUUCUUCUGCACUCAUAGUAUGGCCUACAUGCUGCAGAAGCUCCUCAUCACCUAUAUCAUUCUGAUCGCACUCUAUGGGUUGGUGUGUCUCUACACAUUGUUCUGGCUGUUCCGAGGUUCAUUGAAAGAAUAUUCCUUUGAGAAGGUGCGUGAGGAGAGCAAUUUCAGUGACAUUCCCGAUGUUAAGAAUGACUUUGCUUUUUUGUUGCACAUGGUAGACCAAUAUGACCAACUCUAUUCCAAGAGGUUUGCCAUUUUUCUGUCCGAAGGCUGUGAGAGCAAACUACUGGAGAUGAACCUUAACCACGAGUGGACUUAUGAGAAGCUGAGGCAGCACGUGUCCAAAAACAGCCAAGGGAAGCUUGAACUGCAACUCUUCAUGUUGUCUGGAAUUCCAAAAGCUGUCUUUGACAUGACUGAUCUGGAAGUCCUGAAGCUGGAGCUGGUUCCUGAUGUGAAGCUGCCAGCUAAAAUUUCCCAGAUGGCAGCUCUGAGGGAGCUCUAUCUUUACCAUUGCCCUGCAAAGGUUGAUCAAAUUGCCUUCAAUUUCCUUAGAGAUCAUCUUCACAUCUUGCAUGUCAAAUUCACUGAUAUUGGUGAGAUCCCUCUAUGGGUAUACUCGCUUAAAAACCUGGUAGAACUGCAUCUUUCUGGUAAUCUGAAUUCCGAAACCAACAAGGCCAUUGGGCUGGAGUCCCUGAAGGAAUUGAGGCACCUCAAAAUACUCAUCCUGAAGAGCAACCUCUCUAAAAUUCCCUCCAAUGUCAUGGAACUUGCUGCUCACUUGUCUAAGUUGGUCAUUCAGAACGAUGGCACAAGGUUACUGGUCCUCAAUAAUUUGAAGAAGUUAGCCACUCUGUCUGAGCUUGAGCUGCAGAACUGUGAGCUUGAGAGAAUCCCACAUGCAGUAUUCAGCCUUGCUAACCUUCAGAAACUGGACUUGAAAUCCAAUAACAUUCAAACCGUUGAGGAGAUUGUUAGUCUCCAGCACCUCAAACGGCUGUCAUGUCUCAAACUUUGGCACAACUCCAUCAUCUCCAUUCCAACAACCAUCAGUCUCAUCAAAAACCUUGAGCAGCUUUUCCUAAACAACAACAAACUGGAGUCCUUGCCUAGUGCUCUCUUCACCCUGAGAAAGCUGAGGCACCUGGAUCUCAGCCACAAUCUGCUCACAACUAUCCCCCUAGACAUUCAAUUACUCCAGAACCUGCAGCAUUUCUCCAUCACAAAAAACAAGAUUGAAACCCUGUCUGUUCAACUGUUCCAGUGCCUAAAACUAAAGACUUUACAUCUGGGCCAAAACUGCAUCACUUGCAUUCCCCCUGAAAUUGGACAGCUGACACAACUCACGUACCUGGAACUGAAAGGUAAUCACUUGGAGAGACUUCCAGCUGAGAUUGGCCACUGCGUGUUACUGAAGAAGACUAAUCUCGUUGUUGAGGAUAUUUUGUUUGAUUGUCUCCCCACUGAGGUCAAAGAUAAUCUCACAGAACAAGACUUUAUUUCUGCUGCUUAAUUUGCCUCUGUAGAUUUGUAGUGGGGAAUUUCUAUCCUUGAAUCGACUGCCAAGUGCUACAACUCUUUCAAGAUUUUUAAGUCACCUAAAAUUCACUAAAAAGAGUUGAGUCCCAAAGUAAAAACUCCACUGGUUUGGAAAAUGAACUGCUAAUUUGAAUUGGCACUAAUUCAGAGAGCCAAAAGCAAAAUAUUGCAGAUGCUGGGAAUCUGAAAUAAAACACUGGAAUUACUCAGCAGGUCAGAACUCUGCAAGCCAUCGACUUGAGAUAGAGAAGCAAGAAAAACUACAGAUGCUGGAAUCUGGCAAAUAAGCAAACUGCUGGAGGAACUUGGUGGGUCAAGCAGCAUCUGAUGCAGGGUCGUGACCUGAAAUGUUGACCAUCCCUCUGCUUCCACAGAUGCUGGCUGACCUGCUGAGUUUCUCCAGCAGUUUCGCAUCAACUUGAAAUAUUAACUCUUUCUCUCUCCUCAGAUGCUCUCUGACCUGCUAUGUCCUUUUGGUACUUUCUGUUUUAUUGCUAAUUCAGUUAUGUCACUUAAAUGCUUCAAAGCUAAAACUUUUGUAAAGGCCAUUGGUUUAUGUGCAGCAGGCAGUACUCACUGAGGCCUGGGGUGAUGUACACCAUCAGUGCAGGGUCACCAAUCUGUGCAUUUGAUCUCUGGAAGCUCAGUCUGUAGGAGACGGGUUCUGACAUUCAAGAGGGGUGGGGGGGGGGGGGGGGGUGUGGAAUCUAGUUAUUCACAUCAGCUCAAUGUGAACAGAGAGAGAGACGGGGAAAAUCACAAGAGAUAUACAACACAGAGGAAUAGUCUGUGUGACAGGAUGAGUGCAAUUGAUUAUAAGUUUUAGGAGCAAAGAACUGCAGAUACAGAAAGUGCUAGGAAUGUGCAGACAUGCAUAUGUACUUAAAGUCACGCACAUGCAUGUACAGCCACGCCUCAACGUCAGGCAGCAUCUGUGGAGUGAGAAAUAUUUCAGGUUGAUGGCUCACAAGAGGUCAUCACCCCAAAAUGUUAACCAUUUCUCUCCCCACAGAUACUGCCUGACUUGCUGAGUAUUUUCAACAUUAUUUUUAUUUCAGUUAUCCAGAGUCUAUGGUAUUUUUUCCAAACUGCACUCGUCUCUGUUUCUCCAUUUUGCACACCUGUCUGUUUUGCUCUUUUUCUCUUCCUCUGUUCUGCAGGCAUCACUCUGUCCCAUUGUUCUCUGUUUUACACUCUCACACUCUUCUUUCUCUCACUAUUUUGUGACCUGUAACCCAAAUCUUCAGAAAGACAUUUAAUAUUUAAAAACCAGAAACUGCUAACGAGAUCCUACAUGUGUGGAGAGAAUGAGCAAGCUGUAGUUUUGGGGCAAAUGUUGUCUUAUCAGAACUGGAAGGUGUAAGUAACAAGUAGUGUCUGAAGGGGAACAGAGCCACUCUAAUCACAGACUUAACCUGUGUUUCAACCUGCAGUUGAGUUUGUUUUAAUACAUCCCAUCAGGGUCAGAGAAGCUGUUUCAUUGCAGCAGAACAUGCAGGAUUUCAACUUGGGCAGAUGGAGUUUGAUGGUUGGACUGCACCCUUUUAGUCACCUUGUUUAAAAAGAAAUCAACAUUUUGGUGAACAAGUGGUGAUCACUUAAAUUGGGCUGAUAACCAGAGUAAGUGGGAGGUGAAUAAUUGUACAGUUAUUACUUGAAUGAUAUGAUUGAGAUUGGUCAUCUCGCACAGCAUGAUUUAAUUAUGAUGGUCUGUCAUUGUGACAAAACAUUGAUUAAACUAAUUAAGCAAAAAAUUGGCAAUAGGAUGAAACAAAACUUAAUAGUCUUGGGGAGAACAAGUUGUUCUGAUUAUUGAUUUGGGCAAAGUGUGAUCAAUGAUGAUGAAAGAAUUUAGGAGGCAGUAUGUUGAUAAUUUCAGGCAUGGUGUUUAAAGCUGAGAGAUUCUUGGAAUUGGUUUGAGAUUGAAGACCACAUGAAGUUUUCUGGAUUUUGAUCUUCUAUAUGCAACUCUUCUACAAACAGAGGCAGCAAAUAAUCACACUGAAAUACAUGAUGCACCAAGGGAAGGGGGAGAAUCCGUUUCACCAGCAAACCUGCUGUAGCCAGGGUAUAUGUCUCAUCAGUGGAUUUUCAAAUGUUUAUCUGUAUGUGAUUUUUAUCUGGAAAUAAAUUGAAAGUAGAAUUUAGCCUUGA